CGCCAAAGCCUCGGAACAGUUUCGUAGCAAUUCUCCAACGGUAAAGAGGUGCAAUCGCUUUAUUCUCGCAAAAAACAAUUACUACCCAAUUAUUAAAUAGUUGCUAACAAGCUUAAACAUGUUGCAAUAUCUUGUGGUAACCCUGGCACUUUGUGCCUCAAUCUGUUCGGCCGCUCAAACGCGCAAUAUGCCCAUUCAAGCCAUAGCUUAUGUGAUCGGACCCGUGCAAUCGGAUAAUACCCAGGUAAAGGGCAACGUGACCUUCACCCAGAACGACUGUGGCCAGAAUGUCCAUGUCCGCAUUCAGUUGGAGGGAUUGAAGGAGGGAAAGCACGGCUUCCACAUCCACGAGAAGGGAGAUCUGACCAAUGGAUGCACCAGCAUGGGUGCUCAUUACAAUCCCGAUAAGGUUGAUCACGGUGGUCCCGACCACGAAGUGCGUCACGUUGGUGACCUGGGCAACCUGGAGGCGAACUCCACGGGCAUCGUCGACAUCACUUACACGGAUCCUGUGAUCACUUUAACUGGCAAGCUGGCGGUCAUCGGCAGGGGAGUUGUCGUCCACGAACUGGAGGAUGAUCUCGGCCUGGGCAACCACACGGAUUCCAAGAAGACCGGCAAUGCAGGUGGCCGCAUUGCCUGCGGAGUUAUUGGUAUCAACUCGGAUGUGGACGAAUGGCCAUGUCGCGACGGUGGCGCCGGCGCCCUCCGCUACUCCUUCUCCAUCCUGACCGUCAUCGUGGCCCUCUUCAUGGCCCGCAGCCUCGACUAACCCACUGCACCCGGAACUGGAUCGAAUGCGCAUGUGGCAUGGGACAAUCGGUCAUCGUAGAGACUCCGCAUCCCGCAUCCUGCACCCCAGUCACACCCAUUAGUCACACAAAACCACACUAACUAUAAUACUCCAGCAACAACAGCAUUAUCCACCCAAAAUAUUAAACCUGAGGAACUAACCUAACUAAGCUACUUGUAUUAUGUUUGCAUCGAUUGAUAAUAAAGUUUGUUAUUUGUA